CUUAAGACGAGACUUGAUCUUCUGCAUCUGGACAGUCUUGUUCCUGCAGACAGUGACACAGACAGAAGACACCAGCUGUAUUGCAAGCAGUUUCAUAUGACUCCAGAGAGAAAAGGCUACUACAGGCACCUUUCCGAAGAAGUGUUUCGGCUACAGAUUAAAAAACUACAAAUGUCAACUUCCCCACCAACCUCUUGUGAUUGGAUGCUCCUGGUUGAACAGAAGAAUAUAAAUGUCCGGGUUACAACCAUGGACGCUGAGCUGGAGUUUGCCAUCCUGCCCAGCACAACUGGCAAGCAGCUUUUUGACCAGAUAGUGAAGACUAUCGGGCUGAGGGAAACCUGGUUCUUUGGCCUCCAGUAUCAGGACAGCAAAGGCUUCUCCACCUGGCUCAAGCUGAACAAGAGGGUGACAGCUCAAGAUGUGAAGAGGGACAACCCUUUGCUGAUUAAGUUCAGGGCCAAGUUUUACCCUGAGGAUGUCGCGGAUGAACUGAUCCAGGAGGCAACACAGCGCCUCUUCUUUCUGCAGGUUAAGGAAUCCAUCCUAAAUGAUGACAUAUACUGUCCACCUGAGACUGCGGUGCUCUUGGCCUCGUAUGCAGUUCAGGUAAAACAAGGAGACUAUAGGAAAGACUAUCACGUACCGGGAUACCUCACAAGAGAGAAGCUGCUUCCACAGAGGGUUUUAGAGCAGCACAAGCUGAAUAAAAGUCAGUGGGAGGAAAGGAUCCAGGUGUGGCAUCAAGAGCACAAGGGAAUGCUGAGAGAAGAUGCCAUGGUGGAGUACCUGAAGAUAGCCCAGGAUCUGGAGAUGUAUGGGGUCAACUACUUUAACAUCAAGAACAAGAAAGGAUCAGAACUGUGGUUGGGAGUGGAUGCCCUGGGGCUGAACAUCUACGACAAAAAGGACAAGAUGACCCCAAAGAUUGGCUUCCCGUGGAGUGAGAUCCGAAAUAUUUCCUUCAAUGACAAGAAGUUUGUCAUCAAACCAAUUGACAAGAAAGCUCCGGACUUUGUUUUCUACGUGCCUCGUCUUCGCAUCAACAAACGUAUUCUGGCACUGUGCAUGGGGAAUCACGACCUGUACAUGCGUAGACGUAAACCUGACACCAUUGAGGUGCAGCAGAUGAAGGCCCAGGCCAGGGAGGAAAAGAACAAGAGGCAGAUGGAGAGGGCUCUGCUCGAGAGUGAGAAAAAAAAGCGCGAAAAUGCUGAGAAGGAAACAGAGAAGAUUGCUCGUGAGACCAUGGAGCUGAUGGAGAGAUUGAGACAGAUUGAAGAGCAGACAAAGAGAGCUCAAGAUGAGCUGGAGGAGCAGACUCGCAGGGCUCUUGAGUUAGAGAAGGAGAGGACAAUUGCUCAGGAGGAGGCAGAACGCCUGGACAAGGACCGCAGAGCUGCAGUGGAAGCUAAAGCAGCCUUACUUCACCAGUCUGAAACACAGAUCAAGAGCCAAGAAAGCCUGGCCACUGAGCUGGCAGAGCUUACCUCUAAGAUCUCCCAGCUGGAGGACGCCAAAAAGAAAAAGGACGAGGAAGCGAAUAGAUGGCAGAAAAGGGCGAUGGUGGUUGAAGCUGAUUUGGAGCGAACCAAAGAGGAGCUGAAGAGUAAACUCAUGGGUGUCCACAUCCAGGAUUCAGUCCACUCUCAUAUGCACGAGCACGAUGAGACGGAUGAGAGCAGCGCAGAGGCGAGCGCCGAGCUGACUUCUCCUGGCAUGGUCAGAGAUCGCAGCGAGGAGGAGAGAGUAACAGAGGCCCAGAAGAACCAGAGGCUGCAGAAAAACCUCAAGUUCCUGAGCACUGAGCUGGCUGGAGCUGUAGACGAGAGCAAAAAGACCCCAAAUGACCUGAUCCACGCUGAGAAUGUGAAGGCGGGCCGUGACAAAUACAAGACCUUACGUCAGAUUCGUCAGGGCAACACCAAACAACGCAUUGAUGAAUUUGAGUCUAUGUGAGAGGGGCUGCUGAAGGCCCACUCAGACUGAAGGCGAGAUGAGGAUAGAAGAUAAAAUUGGACACGUGGAGAGAUUUUUAGAAGUAUAGGUGCAAAUUAUUGCAUAGGUAGAAAAUUUACCAGACAGGUCAAAAUAUAUAUCACCUUUAAUGUGCAUGAUUUUAAUGCCGUUUAAUCUGUAAACAAGUCAUAAGUGACAGCUGUUCAAAACACAUUUUUAAUUUCAUAGGAACAAAAACCACAUUCAUGGUCUACUUCAGUGUUGCAAACCUAUGCUGUGAGACAAACGUAAUCCACGCUGUCAUUUUUGAAAAAGGUUUGCUGUUGUCAAUCUUAUGGCACACAUUUGCAAUUUCAAAAUGCCAACUAGUUUAAACUUCACUGAAAUUGAUUAAUGAAAGCAUAGACAUUUAAGGCACUUACAUCUAAAUGUUAAAUCCUCUAUUCUUUAUCACAGAAAUAAAAUACACAGAAACACCA